GGUUGAAAAGUGAGUGGAGAAGCACUUGGAUGCUGCAAACCUAAUCACUCUUUUUUACACACUCUCAUCUCUUCUUCUUAUUCCAUCUCUUACCUCCUUCCCCCUCUGUCCAGGAUGGCUCUGAAUCAGUGUAAUGGGAGCCAAGGCUUGAGGAGCUUCCCGCCCUCUUCUUCUUCUUCUUCUUCCUCCUCCAAGGGGUUGUUUGCUGAGAUGGGUUCUCUCUCCAUCAAACCAGCUUCUUCGGUGGAGAGCUAUUGCUCCACCAAGGGCUCAGAGAAGACCAGUUGGACUUCGUCUUCUAUGAGGAACUAUAUUGGCCUAGAGGACCAUCCACCACGAAACAAUGAGGAUGGUGGUGUGAAGUGGUGUGAUGCCAGUGAUGGUUUUGGGGAGAACCACGUCAAAUCCACUGGAGAAGAGAGCCCAGAGGGAGAGAACACAAAUGAGGGACCAUUGGGAGGAAGGGAGACUGCUGCUGACUGUGGCCAGUCAAAGCUCUGCGCCAGAGGCCAUUGGAGGCCUGCGGAAGACUCCAAGCUCAGAGAGCUAGUGGCGCUCCAUGGCCCUCAGAACUGGAACCUCAUAGCAGAGAAGCUGGAGGGCAGAUCAGGGAAGAGCUGUAGACUGAGGUGGUUCAACCAGCUGGACCCCAGGAUCAAUAGGAGUGCUUUCACCGAAGAAGAGGAGGAGAAGCUAAUGGCUGCUCACAGAUUGUAUGGGAAUAAGUGGGCUAUGAUUGCCAGGCUCUUUCCUGGGAGGACAGACAAUGCAGUCAAGAACCACUGGCAUGUGAUCAUGGCAAGGAAAUAUAGGGAGCAGUCCAAUGCCUACAGUAGGAGGAAGCUUAGCCAAGCUGUCCCCAGGAGACUGGAGGAAACUACGGCAACCUCAGUAGCCUUUGGUUUCAACACCAAUCUACACCUCCCCUUCGCACAUCCUUCUCCUGCCAUGUGUGGGUCGAAUGGCUUAUAUCACAUCACAACUGGUGAGAGCGGAGAGGAUUCAGUCUCAUGUUAUUGUGGGUUUUCUUCAGAUCAGGCACCUUAUGAUUUCCUUUCUGGGGUCAAGGCCCAAGACAAGACAAGAAGCUUCCACAGCACCAACAGCUGGUGUUGGCAAAGACCAAGAGACGAGCCCUUCAUGGGUUCUUACCCCCAACAUCCAUUUAUGGUGGCUAUGCAGCAGUCUCGCUACCCAUCCUACCUUUCAGACUACUCCACAGCAUCAGCAGCAUCAGGAGUUUCAGCUGCUGAAAUAUCACCAUCAUCAUCAUUCAAGGAGAACGGAGAAAAUGGCCACUUUGAAGCCACAACCUCACCACCUUUCAUAGAUUUCCUAGGAGUAGGAGCCACUUGAGGCACAGAAGGAGAAACACAAGAACUGAAGAUAAAGAAGGCCCGCAAGGAGAGGUUAGUAACACAGAUGACAUGAUGGGUAAAUGAGAGCGCUGGUGUGAGUUAGGUAGCACAAGUAACAAGGGACAGUAGGCACUUGAGAUCUUAUUUCCAUAUGAGUGGCCACCUGGUCCACCUCAUGUGGAACAAAAUCCUUUCAAAGAUGAGUUAUAGUUAUUUGAGUAUCAAUUUGCAAGCCACUCUAA